AUGGGACGGCUCGAGCUGAUCACUGUUUUUGGCGCGGACAGAUCAAACGUGUCUGCCGUGCAAAACGAUCCGAGCGCGCUGUCAGCUCGGGCACGAACCAGUGCUUGGCGUGCCAUGGGCUUACCAACCCCGACGCGUCGAACGGGAGCGAGUCGGGCCCCGACGGCGCCCGGAGCUUCAACCGACUUCCUGGGCAGGCAAAGUGUCCUAUCGGCAGGUUUUUUCCUUUUCCUUGGUUCAUGA